CGAUAAUUAUGGGAUAUUUUCAUUAAUGCAGCUAAGAAGUAAAAAACAUUUGACCGGAACGCGCGUGGGUUCAACAAUUCCCUGUCCGAACUGGAACAUCUAGUCAACGCCACAAGGAAAUCUCAUUGGCCAGACGAAACCAAAACAACGUGGCGCCAAUGCAGUUGUUCCUUAAUCCCACUCGCACAGCCUCACGCGUCUCCACCACUCAGUACCUAAACAACAAGGCGCGUGUCCUUCACCCUCAUCGUUUCUGCCAACCCUCCCCCCUAAUUAGUCAAUCACAAUUCUAAGAUCCCAACAGCGUCGGAAAAAAAAUCCCCUCUACUGCUCUCCACAUCAGUUACACAAAUCAAUUAUGAAGUUGGCGGAGGCGGCGCGUUGCUUAUGGCCGGUGCUAGUAUUGCUUUCGGCGGCGGUUCCGGCAGCGCGUGGGAUAUGGUUGGAUUUGCCGAGUUCGGGAACCAAAUGCAUUUCGGAAGAAUUGCACAACCACGUCGUCGUUUUGGGUGAUUACUACGCCUUCGUCGGCGAGGAUUACGAUGUCAAUAACACUGUCACUCCCACCAUCACCGUUAAGGUGACAUCACCGUAUGGAAAUAACCUCCAUCAUCAAGAAAAAGUCUCCCACGGUCAGUUUGCGUUUACGACAACCGAGAGUGGGAAUUACUUGGCUUGCUUUGGGUUAGACGGUGAUCAACACGGGAUUAAAAAGGUCACUGUCGGUAUUGACUGGAAAACCGGAAUUGCUACAAAAGAUUGGGACUCUGUUGCAAGAAAGGAGAAAAUCGAGGGGCUUGAACUUGAGUUGCAGAAGCUCGAAGGAGCUGUGGAUUCAAUCCAUGAGACUUUAAUUAAUAUGAUAAAUAGGGACUUUGACAUAAACAGAGUUAGCGAGAAUACUAACGAAAGAGUGGCGUUGUAUAGUAUAAUGUCACUUGGUCUCUGCAUUAUGGUUUCGGUUUUCCAAUUGUUGUACUUGAAGCGAUACUUCAGGCACAAGAAGCUUAUCUAGACCUGGCACUCGAUAUUUUUUUUUUUUUAAAUUCUCUAUUUUAUAGAAAAAACUAAACGCAUAGCAAAUUUUUGAAGAGAAAACGGGCUUCUCCUUCGUUUUAAUGUAACAAGAGAGUGAACUCUCUCUCUCAUUCGAAAUGUGCCUUUAAUCUUAUGAGGCAAACUAAUCGAUAUUUAAAGCCUCUAAUAGUCCAUCAUUUUUAGCGACGAUUGUUCGUUAAUC